CCAAACCAUUUGAUGUAUUUCUUCAAUGUAUCACACUAAGCAAUUAUUAUCAAUUCGUUUGAUUAUCAUCUUUCUUACUACAUGUAUAUUUCUGGAAGCAAUAAUUAUUGGAAUUUUAUUACUGCAACAGUCAUCAAAAUUGUUGACCAAUCAUCAAAAUGAUACAAGUGAAAUAGCAAUAAAUCGUAUACGAUAUCGACGAGAAAUACGUGAUGUUGAAGAUAACGAUGAAUUGAAAUCUACAGAUUUAUCAUUGUUAUCAUCUACACUAUACCUUCCAAUUUAUGCUCAAAUUUCGGAUAAAUCAUUGAAAGCUAUUUGUGAGGAACACAGCAAACGGCGCAAGAAGCAUAAGUGGAAACAUGCAAAAAACAUAACGAAUUAUAGUAACAGACGGAAAACAUUGAAUAAACAAGGUUGUGGCUUAAUUAGUGCAAUUUCCCAGCCACAAAUUUUGGCUCGUCGUUUGAAUAGAAUCGGUGGCAUUGUUCGUUAUGGUACACGUUGGUUUCAGACUGAAUAUUCAUUGGGAUAUAAUGUUUUUGAAUAUCGUAAUCUAUCUGAUUUACGAUUUUCGCAUCCAUUUGCCGUACAUUCCUUAGAUACCGCGCAAUUUGAUGGCACAGAUAAUACGGCAUGUAAUGAAAAUAAUUUUAUUUAUUAUGCAUCAGCAACAUCGCAUAUUUAUUCAUAUCAAAUUGAUGAAAAACGUUCAAAAAGUGCAGCAAUUGAUGCUUUAAAGGUUCCAAUCUACAAAUUUUCCCAUUCAUAUUUGGAUUUGGAAAAUGAUGGUAGUCAUUUAUGGAUUUUAUAUCAUUCUGUUCCGGAUGGUGCACUAAAAGCUUCAUUACGGGAUUGCAUGUCACUUGCGGAACGUAAAUCUUGGAUUUUACAAUUCUUGGAUGCAAAAACUGCUGUGAAUGCAUUCAUUGCUUGCAACCAUUUGUAUACUAUAACUCAAAAUAUUACUUCAAACAUUUUAAAUAUUAUUUAUGAUUUUGGUACUGAUAAAUUUUACGAUAACAUUCCAGAAAUAGGUAGUUGGAAAAGACACGGUGUACUGUCGAGUGUACAGUAUGAUCACACAACAAAAACAAUAAAUAUUUUUGAUAACGGUAUUAUUUACAGUAUUGCAGUACAAAUGUAA